AUGAAGUUUGCUAAACAAUUAGAAACAGAAGCAGAAGAUAUACCACAAGCAUGGAGACCUUAUCUGAUCCAAUAUAAGGCACUAAAGAAAAUUAUAUCCAAAGUCACUCAAGAAAUCGAAAGUCGAGGGUUAUCUGCUUCCUUAUUACAUGAAUGUCUUGAUGAUGAAAACAAGGAUAAUAAACUACCUGCUAUUCGAUAUUAUUUUACAGGCGAACCACCUCAUAUCAAGCCUAAUAUCGAAGUUAUCUAUGAUCCAACUGAACCCAAAGUACAAGAGAUACUCAGCCGAUUGACCUCGACAGAUGCUCAAACACCCAAGCUAGAAUAUAAACGAAGUCAAAACAAUAAGGAUUUCUUCACAAUGCAUAGUGAGACAGAGAUGGUCGUUCAAUCACAAAAUAUGGUCGAUUUAGUCAAGGAACUGUUGAAUGUCAUGACAAUAGAUAACAGCGACGAGUCUGAUGAAAUAUGCGCCAAUCAAAAGAGAGAAACAAAGUCAUUCGUGAUUGAACUCGAACAGGACGAUGAGUUUUUUAAAUUGCUACUAAAGGAACUAAAUGAGGCAAGUAAACUUCAAGAUGAAACAACAGAGAAAUUCAAACAGGAUAUUUCAGCAUUAGAGUCAAGGAUGAGCAAAGUGGCGUCACCAGGGCAAAAGAGGACAGACAUGUAUAAUUGGCGAAAGAUAUUCUCGAUUUAUAUGGACGCAUGUAUAUUUCAAACGAGUAAUACAACGAUAGAAAAGAGUAAAAAGCAACUACAGUGGUUUUUGAGUGAAUUAGACAAGACAGAUCAGUUGAGGAAAUUGAAAAAUAAAGAAUCUAAAUUAGCCUUUGAACAGUUUAUGGCAUUAAAUACGGAAUUAAUAACAAUGAAGCAUUAUCAAAUGCUAAAUCAGACAGCAAUGAGGAAGAUAUUAAAGAAGCAUGAUAAACAGAGUGGAUUGACCGCAAGUAGUGCCUUUCAUCAAGUGAUCCCUACCGAGCAUCUGUUUAGUCCAAAGUUAGCGAGGAUGUUGUAUGCGACAAUUACUGAAAAAUUGACGAGCGUUGUACCACAACCAGAGGAUUAUGCCUGUCCUGUGUGUAUGUGUGUUGCCUGGAGACCGAUUCGACUGGAAUGUAAUCAUGUGUUCUGUGUGAGGUGUUUGGUUAAAGCACAAAAACAAAAGAUGGAUAGUUGUCCCAUGUGUCGUCAUCCAACAGCAGUUCGAGAUGCAACAGCGCUUAAUUUGGAUGAAAGUCUUCAAAACUUUCUAAAGCUUUAUUUUCCUCAAGAGAUCAAGGAUAAAAAGAGAGAUAAUGAAAGGGAACAAGCGAUUGAAGAUGUACAAGCGAUGACCGGUAAACGAUAUUCCGAAGAACAGUUAUUAAGGAUGAGCCAAUCAUCCAAUUGUUGUAUUAUGUAA